AUGCAAGCGAUUGGAGAGCCCUCUAUACAAGUUUUUACUUUAAAGGCAACGUUGUUCCCCGUCUGCCAUUCUUCCUUUCCUUCGAAGCAAAAAUCCAGGUUAGGUUUCCUCUCGUUCAUCCUUUCGAAUCUAAUCCAUCGUCGAGCUUGUUCAGAAAGUUUACCGGAUUUCGACCGACAAAGAAUGAAGUUGAACACUAGAGUAACUGCUUCUCGUCGCAAGAAUCGCAAGCGUCAUUUUAGUGCCCCUUCCCACAUUCGCAGGAAGUUGAUGACGGCUCCUCUGUCGAAGGAACUUAAACAGAAGUACAACGUACGAAACAUCCCCAUCCGCAAAGACGAUGAAGUCCAGGUUGUUCGAGGACAUUACAAAGGACAGCAGGUUGGCAAAGUCAUCCAGUGCUACCGUAAGAAGUUCAUGAUCUACAUUGAAAGGAUCCAACGUGAGAAAGCCAAUGGAGCCACAGUUCCAGUUGGUAUCCACCCAUCCAAAGUUGUCAUUGUCAAACUGAAGAUGGAUAAGGAUCGCAAGAAGAUUGUUGAGCGAAGAGCUAAGGGCCGUCUUGCUGCAUUGGGCAAAGACAAGGGAAAGUACACAGAAGAGUCUGCAGCCUCCCCCGCCACCACGACGCCGAUGGAAACAGCUUAAAUUGUCGGUCGAGAUACUUUGUAUAUUCGGUUGAAUACAGAGUAUUUGUGCUGAAAA